AUGGCAGCGAAUACGGCAAAGAAGAACGAGGACGUUGGCAAUAAGGUUGUUGGUGCGUUAGAUGCACUUACCUUGACGUCGGGACGAGAUGAGGGAGCAGGCAUGGACGUUGAUGUUGACAUGCAGGAGACUGUUGGCUCUGACUUUAUGGAUGCCCAUGCAGCCAGAGGAAAGAUGAAGGAGUAUUCGAUGCAACUGGCGACGUUGACGAGACAGAAGAUGCAGUUAGCCGCGCGCAUCCAAGGGUUGAGCCAAGAGGAGGGCGACCAGGAGCGACCAAAGUUGGCGGAACUAACACGUCAGAUCGCUGAGGCCAAGACCGCGAUGAACGAGUGGAAUGUCAUGCUGGAUGACCUAGAGAGUGCUGAGAGGUCCAUGGGGAGGACGGCAUUCUCUAGUGUUGUGACCAGAGAGGAGAAUGAGGAGUUGGGGGUUAAGAAGGGUGGAAAGAUUGACGAGAUCUGA